AUGGCGACACAUAGGCCUAUGAGUCCUCCUGCGGCACUGGUGCCAAUGCUGGUGAGCGUCGUGGCUGUACUGGUCUCGCACUAUGUCUUCACCGUGUCUGCUCAGAUCCCUGACCCAGAGCUUCUCCCCACAGCCCCACCAAAGAAACCAGAUCCAGUCACUUCAGAGACUGUGGUGUUUUGGGGUCUCCGGUUAUGGCAAGUCGUGGGAAUCUUUGCCAUGUUUGUUCUGGCAGUCGUAAUCACGCUUUGCUGCAUCUUCAAAUGCCGAAUUCCCCGAACAAAGAAAGAGAUCGAGGCACGACAUGCCCAAAGGCAGGCAGCAAAAAAAUAUGCCAACACGCUGGAAACAGUCCCCCCUCUGAGUGAGCUCACGGAGAUACCAGGAGCUGCUAAACCUGAAGAGAACACAGAAGUUCCAACAGUUGCUGCAAAGGUGGAUGCUGAAAAGGGUGACAAGAAAAAAGAAGGAGCGAAAAAGGAGGGAAAGGGUGCAAAAGAGGGAAAAGGAGAAGAUAAAGGUGAAUCGAGUAAGAAGAAAGGGGAAAAAGGUGAAUCAAAGAAAGAGGACUCGGGUGGAGGAAAAGGAAAGAAAGCUGGCGAGAAGGGAGGAGGUGAAGAAAAAGGAGGCGGCAAAGGUGGAGCCAAGGGCGGAGCAAAGAAAGCGACAAAAAAAUGA